GAGACCGCCCGCCCAGCUCGCCCGAGCUCGCCCGCUGCUCGCCAGCCCUCGGGAGGGUGGAGAGAAUUCGAAUGCUUCCGCGGUUGGCUACUCAGUGUCCUAGUCUCAAGUUGCCUAACGCUGCUGCUGGCGUUCCUAAUAUAGACACAGCGUUUCUUUUUAAUACUUCCAAAGAAACAAAAUAGCAGUCAAGCUGGCGGAAGCAAUGGUUCACAUCAAGAAAGGCGAGCUGACCCAGGAGGAAAAGGAGCUGCUGGAAGUUAUCGGAAAAGGUACUGUCCAAGAAGCUGGAACACUGUUAGCUAGCAAGAAUGUUCGUGUCAACUGUUUGGAUGAGAAUGGAAUGACUCCUCUAAUGCAUGCUGCCUAUAAAGGGAAACUUGAUAUGUGCAAAUUACUUUUACGCCAUGGAGCUGAUGUAAAUUGUCAUCAACAUGAACAUGGAUACACAGCCCUCAUGUUUGCUGCACUUUCUGGUAAUAAAGACAUCACAUGGGUAAUGUUGGAAGCUGGUGCCGAGACAGAUGUUGUCAAUUCUGUAGGAAGAACAGCAGCUCAGAUGGCAGCCUUUGUGGGUCAGCAUGAUUGUGUGACUAUAAUCAACAAUUUCUUUCCUCGAGAGAGACUGGAGUAUUACACUAAGCCGCAGGGUCUGGAUAAAGAGCCGAAACUGCCCCCAAAGCUGGCAGGCCCACUGCAUAAAAUUAUCACCACAACAAAUCUUCAUCCUGUCAAGAUUGUUAUGCUUGUAAAUGAGAAUCCUCUGCUGGCAGAAGAAGCAGCUCUGAAUAAAUGCUACAAGGUGAUGGAUUUGAUUUGUGAGAAAUGUAUGAAGCAGAGAGACAUGAAUGAAGUACUGGCUAUGAAAAUGCAUUACAUUAGCUGCAUCUUUCAGAAAUGUAUUAACUUCUUAAAAGACGGAGAGAAUAAACUGGACACCCUGAUCAAAAGCUUGUUAAAAGGCCGAGCUUCUGAUGGCUUUCCAGUAUAUCAAGAAAAGAUCAUUAGAGAAAGUAUCAGAAAAUUUCCUUACUGUGAAGCUACACUCCUCCAGCAGCUGGUGCGAAGCAUUGCUCCUGUUGAAAUUGGUUCUGAUCCCACCGCAUUCUCUGUACUUACCCAGGCCAUCACUGGUCAGGUGGGUUUUGUGGAUGUUGAAUUUUGCACUACCUGUGGAGAAAAGGGAGCAAGUAAAAGAUGCUCAGUGUGCAAAAUGGUAAUAUAUUGUGAUCAAACCUGCCAGAAAACACACUGGUUUGCACAUAAGAAAAUCUGUAAGAAUCUCAAGGACAUUUAUGAAAAGCAACAGUUGGAGGCUGCCAAAGAAAAGAGUGAAGAGGAGAACAAUGGCAAGCUUGACGUCAAUUUGAAUUGUGUUAAUGAAGAGCAGCCAGAGGCGGAAACAGGAAUCUCCCAGGAGGAUUGCAAUCCUAAGGAUGCUAUAGAAGGGGAGAAACAACUGCUUCAGAGUGAUGUUGGGCUGGAAGGCUUACAGAAGGCUCCUGUAGGUCCGCAGGUAUCUGAGGAGUAAGAGCCAGGCGGAUGGUCCUCGUCCUGGCAGGUAGCUGGAAAACUCAUGUGACCGCAUCCUUCUUGCCUGCACACCUGCAUGGCACUGCUGCCGGAUUCCACAGUUCAUAGAUUAGAUGCUUUCCAGCAAAGCUCUGUCUUCCAUAUCCUAAUUUCCUAUUGAUUUCUAUUUUAUAAUUUGACAGAUAUUCCUAGGGAGAAAUUGUUUUUCAAAAUAUAGAAGAAACAUUUCUAUUUCUUUUCUGAGGCAAGCUUCCCAGCAGUUGUUCUAAAAGGAAGAUAAAUCCUCUUUUAAAGAAGAAAUAUAUGCUCUAGGGAACAAAGCGGCAAGCAGAAAAGUUGUAGGAGAGAGGAGAUUUUCAAGAAAGAAAAAUUUUAUAGCCAUAAAGAUGGAUAGUUAAAAUAAUCAUAACUUAUAUGUAAAUAAAAUGCAUAUAAAUAGCAUUUACAUAGUGAAGUUCUUCUUACUAAGAUGCAAUGAAAUGAAGAAAAGCUACAUGUUAAUGGAUCUUUGCAUAGUUCAGCUGAUUGUAAUUUUCUACAGAAUUUAUCCUGAGCAGUCAGAACUUCAUAUAGUUCCUGCAGUGACGUUUAAUCUACAAUAUCUGUACCUUGAGAAAUGUCAAAUCCCCCAGGAAGAACUAAGGCAUAGCCACAGUUAUUUCAGCAUGUGCAUUAAAAAAGAUGUUUGGUGAAAUUGUUGAUUAAACAAAGACUAAACAUACUGUGUCCACAAUUACAAAACUAAUUCAUGUGCCAUUUUCUACUUCAAAGGCUUUUAUCUUCCUGUCCACAAACUGAUUUAUAGCUAUCAUUUGUAGACUGUCCUGGCAACAUAUUUUAGUGUCUACAGUAUUUAAAUAGAGCUAAAGACUGUGAGAUUUGAAGAUAGUGUUGUGUUUCAAAGUUUCUUAUGUUGGUUGUAAAAUAAAUUGUGCUUAAUAAUACAAGCAACUCA